CUCCUUCUCCCGCCGGGUCUUCUUCUGGGCUCCCGUCACCCCUCAACCCUCCGGGCCUGGUUCGGGCUGAGCCUGAGGCGGUUCGUCACCUCGAGGCUUCGGACCCUCGCCUGCCGUCAUGGCAGAGCUGGGCCUAAAUGAGCAUCAUCAAAAUGAAGUCAUUAAUUAUAUGCGUUUUGCUCGUUCAAAAAGAGGCCUGAGACUCAAAACAGUAGAUUCCUGCUUUCAAGACAUAAAGGAGAGCAGGCUGGUGGAGGAGACGUUCACUGUCGAUGAAGUGUCCGAUGUCCUGAAUGGGCUACAAGCCGUGGUGCAUAGUGAGGUGGAAUCUGAGCUCAUCAACACAGCCUACACCAAUGUAUUACUCCUGCGGCAGCUUUUCUCCCAAGCAGAGAAGUGGUACCUUAAGCUGCAGACAGACAUCUCUGAACUUGAAAACAGAGAAUUAUUAGAACAAGUUGCAGAAUUUGAAAAAUCAGAAUUCAUGUCUUCAAAUAAAAAGCCCAUCAUAGAUAUCAUGAAGCCAAAACUUGCUCCACUUAACGAACAUGGAACAUCAGAACUCCUAAACAAGGAAAUUUUAAGACUUGUAGAAGAGAAUGAAAAAUUGAAGUCAAGACUGAAGAAUACUGAAGUACAGGCCACAAAUGCAUUGGAUGAGAAAUUGAAAUUAGAAAGAACCCUGCAGAACUUACAGCUUGAUCAAGGAGAUCAAAAGGAUCUUGUAAAGGCCCAAGACUUGAAUGACUUGGAAAAUUCAGUGGCUACUCUCAAGAGUGAGUUUCAGAAGACACUUCAGGAUAAUAUGGAAAACCAGAAGUCUCUGGAGCAGAAUUUGGCCACAACCAAGCAUGACCUCCUCAGGGUUCAGGAGCAGCUGAGCAUGGCAGAAAAGGAAUUAGAGAAGAAAUUUCAACAAACAGCAGCUUAUCGAAACAUGAAAGAGAUUCUUACCAAGAAAAAUGACCAAAUCAAAGACCUGAGGAAAAGACUGGCCAAAUACGAGUCUGAAGAUUGAAAACAAGAUAAAUUCAUCUAAAAGCUGCCACACAUGAAAAUAUGAGCUGUUUCUCAUCUCAGGCAUGUAUUUUGAAGCAGCUUGUUAAUAUUUCUCUUUUUUAUUUGUUAAUAUUUAGACUUUGCUUCUAAUAUUUAAAAUUAGAUUUCCUAUUUUUAGUUGCCUGAUUGAGAAAACUGAGAACUUACUUGUUCUGCGUUGCCCCAAACUCUUUCGGCCAAGUGCUCCAGAGUCCUAGCUCAAAUAAUAUCACCAUACUUUAUAUAAAGAAGAGAUUUUUAGAGAGGAAGGAUUAGUCUUUUGAAUUAGUAGAAAGAAUAUACCUUUUCAAUGUUGAAAGUUAACGUUGUUUAUUCUGUGCGUUCCCCAGGGUAAAUGUCUAAUUAUUAGACAGUUAUUACAGAUGAAUAUUAUUUUUAGAAAUAAAAUCUAAUCUCUCUAUGUGAUUAUUCAAUAUUAGUUCACUGAAAAUGUGAAUUCAGACUAGUGUAGCAACAUUUUUACCAACUAUAAAGAGUUAACAGUGACCAUGAGGAUUCUCUUACCUUCCUCAGUGUCUAAGUCUCGUAUUUAUCAGAGAAAAUGCAGCCAGGUUUUUGGAGCAUAACUAUGAGUCAGUAUAUCGAUAUGAAGAAGUCAGAUAUAUCCUACACUACUUUCAUUGAGAAGGUCUCUAGACUUAGAAUAAAUGUAACCUUUAUACUUCUAAAUUACUUGCUGAAUAAGAACACUAUUAUUGAGGCUAUGAUGUCAGUUACCAAUCUCAGAUUCAGUUGUUGAUUUGAGGUUCUUUAUAUAUACUUUAUAUAUACAAGAAGUGCAUUUUGAAUGGAUUGGUUGUUUUGGGAGGUGUUUUGUUUGAGUGAUUGGAUUAGAAAUUAGUCAUCCUCUUAGUGUGCUGUAACAUUAUGUUGUGCUUAUGAACAGAAUAGAAUCCAUAAAACAGUAAAACCUCAAUCAAAA